AUGUCGAAUCCUUCGUUGAGUGGAACCACAAGCUCGGCCCAAUCCACGACUCAACCAGCUGCCGCCGAGCCAGGUCCCGAUUGGCCCGUAGCGAAAAAGCUUUGGGGAAUCGCUUGGGAGUUCCAUUGGGCUGGACUGGGGACUCUCUUCAGUAUAUUAGCAGUACGCUCUUUCCUGAUUCUAGCGCAAGUUCGAACCAGACAGGGAUUUGGCCGAAAGCCCUUUUUUGUAGCCAUAAACUCUUUGCUUUUUACCUUAGGAACAACGAGAGCUUUGUUUUUAUUUCUUGACCCUUACUCCUCGGCAGAAAAUGGUAUUGAAAUCCCACCCUGGAUAUCGAUGCUGGUUUUUGGCAUAACCUAUCCCUGUUUGACAUCUUCCUUCUGUUUGAUUCACUUGGCUUUUCUUGAAGUGGUAAAGAUCCAGCUUGGAUCUAAAAGGCUCCAAGAUGUUCGCUUUUUAGGUGGUGUCAUAACAGCCCACUUUGCUCUCGUCAUAACUGCAGAAACGUCAGCUGCCUUAAGACCAAAGCUUACACCAUUACUGAUUAUAUGCCAGUCAUUCUUCAUCCUAUGGGGCUUUGUAUUGUCGACAAGCUUUAUCUACAGUGGCUUAAAAGUAAUUCGGUAUGAUAACAGAGUACAGAAGCAACUCAUGUCUAUCGAACUUGGCGAAGGUGCUUCUCGAAGAGGAAUGGAGAAAUCUAACAAAGGAAUAUCUAAAGUUGCUAAAGUCACUCUGGCAACAAGUGUUUUGGGAUUUGUUUGUUGUGGAAUGCAGAUAUAUUCAGUGUUUGGUGUUUAUGGUUUGUAUAGUAAAGCUGUUAAUCCGUCUCCUUGGCCGUGGUGGGUGUAUCAAACGUGUUUUCGGUUGGUUGAAUUCUUUAUGGCUUGUACAAUAGCCUACAGUGUGACGCAGUCUGCAGACUGA